AUGAGAGCACAAAAGAGAUGCCACGGAAAAAAUAUGGAGAAUGUUGCAUCGAAGCUCCAGAAGAUCGAUCACUCAUUGGAUACCACAAUGGACGCUGAAACCAAGAAAGGCGCAACCGCAAUCAACAAUGGAAUGUCUCUCGACACAAGGGUGAGGGUGGAGCUGCAUAAAUCUGAUGAAUCUCUCUGUACCGUCGCAGAGAGUGUAAUGAAGAGACUCUCUGAGAUCUUCGCUCGCGGAGAUGAAAAACUGCUCCAAAAAUGGAGCAAAGAUCUCGAAGAAAUAAUGCUGUCAAUGCGUACAACACUAUUUCAAAUAAGGAGUGAGGACUUGAAUAGACACGCACAAGUCUCACAAACGAUUGUGCCAGCAGAAGCAACCGAGCCAUCUUCGAAACCUAAAUAUGGACCUAAAUCAAACCAUCUGGAACCGGAAUAA